CCCCCUCCCCGGCCCCCAUCAGUGCAGCUCUCCGGGCGAUGCCAGAAUAGAUGCCGGGGCAAUGUCCCGCCGCAAACAGGGCAACCCGCAACACUUGUCCCAGAGGGAGCUCAUCACCCCAGAGGCUGACCAUGUGGAGGCUGCCAUCCUCGAGGAAGACGAGGGUCUGGAGAUAGAGGAACCCAGCAGCUUGGGGCUGAUGGUGGGUGGCCCCGACCCUGACCUGCUCACCUGUGGCCAGUGUCAGAUGAACUUCCCCCUGGGGGACAUCUUGGUUUUUAUAGAGCACAAGAAGAAACAGUGUGGCGGCAGCCUGAGUGCCUGCUAUGAUAAAGGCCUGGACAAGGGCAGCCCCCCGCCCUCGUCACGCUCUGAGCUCAGGAAAGUAUCCGAGCCGGUAGAAAUUGGGAUCCAGGUCACCCCUGAUGAAGAUGACCACCUACUCUCACCCACGAAAGGCAUCUGCCCCAAGCAGGAGAACAUUGCAGGGCCGUGCAGGCCUGCCCAGCUGCCAGCGAUGGCCCCCAUAGCUGCCUCCUCCUCCCACCCUCACACAUCCGUGAUUACUUCACCUCUGCGUGCCCUGGGCGCUCUCCCGCCCUGCUUCCCGCUGCCCUGCUGCAGCGCGCGCCCCCUGUCGGGCGACAGGACUCAGGGUGAGGGUCAGACGGAGGCUCCCUUUGGAUGCCAGUGUCAGUUGUCAGACAAAACCCAAACUGCUAUGGCCUGGGUUCGUGGGCAGAGGCCCUCAUUGCAGCCUGACAGCAGGGCCUGGUGUGCAAGUGCUGUGGCCACUGGAGCCAGGGACGCUGACACAGACUCACGUGGUGAGCAGCUGUGGCCUGGUUUCCGUGGUAGGGGCCAGGAAAGGAGAGGCUGGUUGCAGAGCUGGGGCAGAUUCAGUUUGUCCCCGCUUUGUCACCAGGCAUGUUGUAGGCUUUCUCUUGACUUGAGUUGUUAAAGGAAAACGAUUUUUAUUGGGUAGGUUUUGCUUUUCAUUGACACUGUCCCAAGGGACAAUUCUGCAAAAGGCCUCAGGUAGCCUCUGCUCUAGGGGAAGAGCUCCCUGGGUCUUCCUGCUAGUAGAGUGGCCUGCAGUCCUCAGUACCCCCCACUCCUAUGACAGGUGGUAAUGUCAUAGGGUCUGGCUUCUAAGGAGGUUUUUCUUGUUUCUUACUGGGCUUAUGUCUUAAAUGCACAAAGCAGAACCAAAACUCACUCUGGAAGGAGUUGGGAUAACUUGCAAAGGAGCAGCUUCCUGUCCUGAGUCACCUGGUCUCAGGGCAAUUAGGACUUGAAUCCUGGCCUGAUAGAUCUGUUCUGGGCAUCUGUGGAAGACCCUGCUUGCAGAGUGAGGGAUGUCUUCUCUUCUGGGUGGCUGCCCUGCUCUCAUGGCUUCCUGUAAUUAAUGCUGCAGCCUGCAGCCACUCGGGGAGCCACGCUAUCAAAGAUCACUCUGAGUGUUUAUGACUGGACUCAGUCAAGUUCUGCGUGUAGAAACACGAGCUUCUUGCCAGAGGCACACCGCUGGGGCUUGCUUAACCCUCUGUUGGCUCUGACCCUCCCUUGAAACUGUCAAAGUUGAGGAGAACUAGCAGGGGACUGAGCACUUCUGUAAUGUGGCUUGACCCUCCUGGCAUCAUAGUAUUGUGUAGCACCGAGCAGGAGCCAUUUCUGUCCCCAUUGUGCAAACACGGGGAGUGAGGAAGGCUCAGGGAGGGGGAUGGCCGGGCCCAGAUUACAGAACUGGGAUUAGUCCUGCGGAGGUCUCCAGACAGACAAGGCCACUGUGUCUUCCUAUGUCCAGCAGAGGACAAACAAGGUUUGCAUUGCUUCGGCUUCUGGGGAACCCUGCCGGCAGACUGUCCUCACACACUCUACCCAGUUUCCUAGAAUGAUUGCAUUUUGAGGGCCCAUGAUGCUCUUUUUUGCA